CCUCACUCCCCAAAACCAAGAAUCAAGUUUUCCAAAGCAAUCACAAGUAGUACUACUACUCACAACUUACGCACAAAGCUGAUAUAUACACAAUGUCUCUCAUUCCGGGAAGCUUUUUCGGCAACGGUCGACGGAGCAACAUCUUCGACCCGUUCUCGCUCGACAUCUGGGACCCGUUCCAGGACUUCCCCUUGAUCAACUCCCGCUCAGCUCCACGCUCGGAGACGGCGGCGGUGGCGAACACGCGCAUAGACUGGAAGGAGACGCCGGAGGCGCAUGUGUUCAAGGCGGACCUGCCGGGGCUGAAAAAGGAGGAGGUGAAGGUGGAGGUGGAUGAAGGGAAGGUGCUGCAGAUCAGCGGCGAGAGGAAAGUGGAGAAGGAGGACAAGAGCGACAAGUGGCACAGGGUGGAGAGGAGCAGCGGUAAGUUCUUGAGGAGGUUCAGGCUGCCGGAGAAUGCUAAGGUGGAGCAGGUGAAGGCGGCGAUGGAGAAUGGGGUGCUUACUGUCACUGUGCCAAAGGUGGAGGUCAAGAAGCCUGAUGUGAAGGCCAUUCAGAUUUCUGACUAGACGACUAAGAUGACCGGCUUUUUCAGAAUGGGGUGAAAUGGUUAUGGAAUAAAGGUUGAGGGGUGUGUGUGUGGUGUCUGUAAGAGGUUAUGUAAUGGAAUUUGCUUACGUAUAAUGUAAUGCUUUGUUGGGUUUUUGGUCGUUUGGAUUUUUCAAUGUAUAAUGUAUUAACGCUAAUAAUAUAAAAUUCAGUUUUUAACAAA